AUGUCUACUAUGAGCAGAUCCAGGGCCAGCCUCUCCCCAGCACCGUCAGAAAGAUCGACGCUUCCUAUGGGCGCUUCCGCAGAACCAGGCAGUCCGGACUUCAAGUCUUUGGACCAACCGACGAGGGAGCAGCUUUUAAACCACUUUUUUGAAAGAUUCAAGUUCUAUACAUCGUUAUGUCUUGGCACGUCAGCUAUCCUCGCAGUCUUCGCUUUUCUCUUCUUAAUACCUUUCGUCGUGGAGCCAGCUAUACAGACAAUCCUCGCGGAGUUUGUGCCUGAAGCUGGUAUAUGCACCGUAUCUGAACACGUGCACGCUGAAACUUUAACUAAUUGCACUUGGGCAUCUUGUAGGGAAGGAUGCACAACGGCUCACACUAAAUGCCACAAAAUACGUGUAAAUUUAGCUAGGAAACCAUUCGUGGAAGGAGCACUUGUCCCUACUGAAUGGGAUGAAACAGAUUUAAAGUUUCUUAUAAAUCCUGAAGGCUGUGGAUAUCCGCCUCGAGUUAAUUGCUCUGUGUUUGCGAGUGACUAUGCCGGUCCGAGGGCACCAAAGAUAUUCCCUUGCUACUACAGUUUAACCAGACCCGAUUUAGUCGUGGCGAGGUACUCUUGGGAGUCAACUAUACGGGGUCUGAUUCUGGCGCUGGUGCUGCCCACGACGGUGUUCGUGUUCAGCUUGAGUGUGCUCGCUUACUGGCACUGUCGUUGUUGCGACAGAGCUUGUAACAGGCGAGUCCACGCCGAAUCCUUCGCGAGUAAAGAAGAGUAA